GAGGUGCUGUUCAUUGAUAACAUACAUAAGACUAUUUAUUCAUUUGUAUAUUUGUUGUUGUUUUUUUCUUUUAUUUAGUGAUUUUUGUGCACUGGGGAACUGCAAAUGCUUUGUAUAGUCUUAAAUUCAGUUGUUGGUUUUAAAUUGUUGGUUGGAUUAAUAUACAAACAAUUUCCUAAUUACAUACGAGAAAUGCAUUACGAUAUUUAUGACAAACUACUGAGCUUUAAAUAUGUAUGAUUCUGCAGUGCCUAGCACUUGAUAAUAUCAAACCCGUUAUGUUUAUAAAUGCUGCUCACAUACAUUAUACAUUGUGCAGAAGCAUAAUGCUUUUGUUUAAAUAAUUAAAUACACUAACAUCACCGUACAGAUAAUAAAACGGAUCAUAGUGUGUAUAAAAUGUGCUUGUAAAUUAAACUGGGUGCUAUUUUAGAUGCCUGUGAUGACUUGAUAAAUGUGCUGAGAACUUACAGGUCACUGCUUGGUUAAAAAAAAAUGCCUACAUGACUGGAGGGGAGUUUUAAAAAAGGGGAGUUUUGACCACAGGGUCAAAGUUUGUAGCACAAAUCUUACAGUGCAAACGUGUCUGACACCAAAACUGGUUUUACUUAGUUUGCAAAACACACUCUCUUCUCUCACUUGUCACGAAAGGGAACUGUCUGGACUAUUGACAAAAGAAAUGUUCUGUCCCGGGCGGUCCUCUUUAAAAUGUAUUUAAAAUUUACCAUUAUCGUAAAUCGUUAACUCUCUGUAGCUGUCUUCGGAACUUCAGCCAAACUCACAUUAUGUAUGGUAAGUGACUCAAUCAAAGUGAUGUUUUCCUUCGUGAACGAAUUAGUGUUUUUAAGUAAAUCAUUCACAUUCGCUUCCCUGACUCAUGCUCCCUACACUUAAAAUUUCUGCCUUUUGAAACAUGUGACUCAUGUCCUGUCUUCAAAAUGUGUAAUUUACUUAAGUGUGCCUUUUUAUAAUGACAAACAAUUGUACCGUCCAAGUAUUAGGAAUCAAGGACUGACUGUAGCACGAACCAAUAGCAUUCGAGUACGGGCUGUGAAAGAGCACCUCAUUGGAUGGAACUACUGAACGGAUACGCCCCCUUCGAUGAACUUGUCAAUCUUUUACACUCUGGUACUGAACGGGACAUUCUGAACUGAAUAACUGUUCGUGAACGAAAAUCUGAAUGCGUAAAAAAUGGCAUACUUAAAAUAACUUAAGGACAUUGUGUAACUACUUAAUUUGUUUUUUGUUUUUACAACAGCUCAUGCGAUUUUAUUGUUUUGAUGCUUUUUCUGGAGUUUUUAAGUAGAUUUGUAGCAAGACUUGGGUCCAUGUGUUGUUUAUGAAUCGGUUUAGAAAAUGAUUCAGUCUUCACUUACACUCUCGCUUGUCCCCACCUAGCGGAGCAACGAUGUAACCGCAGAGAUUAACACUGAAUGAAUCAAUGAACGAGUCAUUUUUGUGGAAAGAAAAAAAUCAAAAGAUUAGAUUAAUCAACCAUUAGUUCAAAGAAUAGGUUUCCACUGCAAAGUCCUUUUUUGGUUUGUAUGGGUGGGCGUGGCCACAAAUAUGUGGCAAGUUACAAAGAAGAACGCGCUUGGAAACGUCGCUGUGUGACGGCCUGCCCUAAUGACAAGAAAUCGGUCUGAAUUCUCGCGAUCAGUAGUUCUGACCACCGUUUAAUCAAACACAAAGCAAGUUAACCCAAAGCGCUCUUUCCGCCAGCCAAUCUUAGCCUUUAAGAGGCGGGGGAUAUAGAGCAACAUGUGCAAGAUGAUCUCCCCAUACACUGACUGACAGAGAACGGAGCGCUAGAAACUUUUCAGAAAGCACAGAUUAUCCCCAAGUGUUUGCAUCUAAAAUGGCAUCGAUUAAAUGGUUGACAUCUCUGUUCUCUCUGUCUUGGGAGCAAACUCUCAUAUGUUUGAGCAGUUUGUUCAUUACACUCUUCAUUUUGCUGGUGAUUCGCCAGUUCGUAAAGCAGCGGAGACCCCGAGGGUUUCCCCCUGGACCGACACCUUUACCCAUGAUAGGGAAUAUUCUGUCCCUAGCCACAGAGCCUCAUGUCUACAUGAAGAGGCAGAGUGAUAUCCACGGACAGAUUUUCAGUCUAGACCUGGGAGGAAUCUCGACUGUUAUUCUAAAUGGUUAUGAUGCCAUUAAAGAGUGCCUAUAUCACCAAAGUGAGGUUUUUGCAGAUCGUCCAUCCCUCCCUUUAUUUCAGAAGAUGACAAAAAUGGGAGGCCUUCUGAACUGCAAAUACGGCAGAGGCUGGAUGGAACACCACAAACUGGCCGUGAACUGCUUCCGUUACUUUGGCAGCGGACAGCGGAUGUUUGAGAGGAUUUCUGAGGAGUGCCAGUUUUUUCUCGAUGCCAUUGACCAGCAUCAGGGGAAGGCUUUUAACCCUAAACAUCUUGUGACCAAUGCCGUCUCCAACAUCACCAACCUCAUUAUCUUCGGGCAGCGUUUCACGUACGACGACGGCGAUUUUCAGCACAUGAUUGAGAUCUUCAGUGAGAAUGUGGAGCUGGCAGCCAGCGGCUGGGCUUUCCUGUACAACGCCUUCCCCUGGAUGGAGUACGUGCCCUUCGGGAAGCACCAAAAGCUCUUCCGCAAUGCCAACGAGGUGUACGACUUCCUUCUGCAAAUCAUCAAACGCUUCUCGCAGGACAGAGUGCCCCAGUCGCCGCAACAUUACAUUGAUGCCUACUUGGACGAAAUGGAGCAGAGCGCCACCGAUAAAGCUACAUCUUUCUCUCAAGAUAAUCUCAUUUUCUCUGUUGGAGAACUCAUCAUUGCGGGCACAGAGACUACUACAAAUUGUCUGCGCUGGUCUAUGCUCUACAUGGCUCUGUAUCCCAGGAUACAAGAAAAGGUCCAAAUGGAGAUCGAUUGCGUCUUGAAUGGCAGACCGCCCGCUCUUGAAGACAAGCAGAGGAUGCCGUAUGUGGAUGCAGUGCUGCAUGAAGUCCUGCGCCUUUGCAAUAUCGUCCCACUGGGCAUCUUCCGCGCUACGUCUCAAGACGCGGUGGUGCGUGGCUACACUAUCCCCAGGGGCACCAUGGUCAUCACUAACUUGUACUCUGUGCAUUUUGAUGAGAAGUACUGGAGUGACCCAUCCAUCUUCUGCCCAGAACGGUUCCUUGACUGUAAUGGCAAAUUUGUCCGGCAUGAAGCGUUUCUCCCAUUCUCAAUAGGUAAGCGGCACUGUCUGGGAGAGCAGCUGGCCAGGCUGGAGAUGUUCUUGUUUUUCACCACAUUGCUCCAGAGGUUCCAUCUUCAGUUCCCCGAAGGCUUAAUUCCAAGUCUCUCUCCAAAAUUAGGCAUGACCCUUCAGCCUCGGCCGUACUCCAUAUGUGCCAUCAGGAGACAGCAGUAAAACGUGCCCUGCGAGUUCUGGAACACAUGCACGCAACUCAGGGGAUCCUACUAAGAAACGCAAACGGCAGAGCAGUUCCCUGUCUUAAAUUCCAUCAGGUUUUCAGCGGGGAAUCGUGACCUGUAAUAUUGACUUGUUAAAUUCACAGAACUUGUCCUCCAAAGUUUCACAGAACCCAGCCUGAGUGUGAUAGGAGUACUGUUACAAGAACACAUGCUCUGGAGAGCAAAGAACGAGCACAUGUGUGUUACCAAACGAGGUCGUACAUGAGGGUUUCAAGAUAAAUGUAGCAUGUAUCUUUCAUAACUUGAACCAAAAAGUGUACUGUGUAGCAAACCGAACAUUGUGCUUGUCAAUAUGAGUAGAGCUGUUGCGUCAAUGAUUGACAGGGUUUACCUCUAUAACAGUUUGGAGGUCUGUCUUUUUCAGCAUUCCUUGAAUUCCCUCAUUUCUGGAGUCGGGCAAGUGAGAGGAGAACAGCUGCCUUUCCCAGAAAGUUUUGAAAAUGCUUCAUGACUCCCAUAUGCCAUAUAUCAUUUCUGCAAUAAUAGCCCUGUCCCUAGUUUAUCUCAGUGGAAAGAGAUUAUCAAGAAACGUGAGCUGCAGUA